AUUUUAAAUUAAUAACUAUGAAGUUUCUUAUAAUUAUUUCAUGUCUUGGCUUUCUCUUUCUGGAAAAAAUAAAUGCUAAACCUGCCGAAGGCUGCCUUAGAAAUUAUACAGUUGUAGAAACUGAUAGCUGCACGUCAGUUGCUGCACAAUUUAAUCUUACAGAAAUUAGCUUUUAUACUAUGAAUCCUGGUCUUCAUCACAGCGUUAAACAUGAUUGCGAUAAUCUUGAUACUGGGAAACCAUACUGUGUUUGUAUGGUAGAACCUUGUGCUAUUCGUACUUCUAUUGUUUCUUCUAAUAUAACAAAAGUAAACAUUACCGCUAACACAACCAUUAACAACUCGGUGAAUACUCUCUCACCUUCAUCUUCUUCAGAUACCAAAACUUUACUUACAGCUUCAACUUCUAUGAGUAACAAUACAAAUAUCCCUUUACUUGCUUCUUCUACUGCUGUUACUCAUAUUUCUCAAAAAAAUAGUUUAGGUACAAUAACCAAAGCCAUGAAUGGCUUAAUAACUAUGAGUAGUCUUUUUAUAUCAUUAUACUUUCUUUAA